GCUACAAGAAAUAUGUGAGAAAGCAUGGAUAUAUGUAGUAAACACAAAAUCACCUUGAUGUAGAAAAUGGUUCCUCUCCUAGUUUUGUCAAUUUUUGUUUUCAUGAGCAUUGGAUAAGGUUUGAUUCUAUGGGAAGCUCUGAUUCUACAAAUUUGUUAAGCACUUAGGCAAGCUCGUGAAUGGCUGACCAGAAUCUUUGUUGACCUUUCUAGUUGUAUAAGAACUUUUUUCCCAUCUAAGUGGGAUAUUGGUGUCAAAAUGAGAAACUCGGAAUUCUUUUAUUAAAUCACGAAUAAAAGGUCCUGGCAAAGAAGCUCUGGCAUCUCUUCUUGAUCGCCCACAUAACUAUUUUAUUCACCUGAUAAAAAGAAUACAAAGAACACCAGAUAAAUUGAUCUUGGCAGCUGGAGACCCGUCUGUUUUCUCUCGUCUCUUGAACACAGGCCCACACGGGCUCUUGCCACUGUUUGCUUUGUUUUUAUCAUUCUUUCCAUUAUCCUGGAAAGAUAUAUCCAUCUCCUCACCAAGGUAAGUAUUUUCAAGCCUUUGUCUUCCCAGUGAAUGAAUUUUAUGUUGACAAAAGAAGAAAAUGACACAGUAGCUCAAGAGACGUCGAAAAGCCGCGUUGAGUGAUGCACUGGAUAGACUGAAAUCAGGUGCAAUCAUGUUUGAUUUUUACAUAUUUUUGUUUUGCUUUUUAAUGAUAUAUUUUUAGAACUACCUUCACGUUACAUUACUUUGUUUGGUUUUGUUGCAGAGUUGAUGCUUUCGGGGUUCUUGUCACUGCUUUUGACAGUCAGUCGAGACCCUAUAUCUAAUAUCUGCAUACCGCCCAAGGUGGCAGAUACCUUGCUUCCUUGUCAAAAACAAGUGUAACACACAUAGCCAGACUACAAUCUUUUCGGUACUUAAUUGCUAAAAUAGAAGGAAAUUUUGUCAUCAUUUAAUGAUCAAUAUGAUGAUAAUCUUAGGCGACAUUAUCAGGCAACUUGCACAUGAUAACGGGCAUACAGAUUAUGCCCAUGCUGUCUCUGAUUCUUGUAGUUCUGAAGGAAAGGCUGCUCGAGUAAAAAAUGAAGGGAUGCAGCAACUCCCCAUUUCAUUUUUGUGCUGGCAGUUAUGCAGAUUUUGCAGUGUUCUGACCAUGACUUCAGGUAGAGCCAAGGUAGGUGUUGUACACUACUCCUUACUUUAAAACUUGGACAAUGGAGUACCAAGUGGCUGAUGGUAACGCAAUUUUUUUCCGUCUCUUAUAUGUACAUAAGCUUUAGGUGUUUGGCUAUAUUUGCAUAUCUGUAAGAAGUUUGUUGAUUUUUCUUUAAGUUAAUUCAAUCUGUUUCAUACUCAACUUUGAAAAAAGCAAGCCACACACAGGCAAGGCAGCAAGAAAUUAAUCCCAAGAUAAAGGCCUUACUUGACAGUUUCUCGCUCGAUGAUGAAUUGGGCCUAGAAUGCAGGGACACUGAUACACAGUUGAGAUACAAAAUAUUUCAAGACUUCAAUAUCUAUACUGGUACUUGCUUUUAAAGCAGAGUUUUCUAUUAUGACAAUGAGAAGUUAUAUAUGAUUCUUUGCCUGCACCACAUAAGGUUGGUUCUGGCCCCUAGUUUACUUGGAUUAUCCUAACUUCUCACCGAAAAAGAUGUAAGAAUCAAGUGAUCUGAAUUGUUCUUGAAGUAAAGAAGAAAAAGGUGUUGUGAAGUGAAGGCAUUAUGUUUUUUUGUCCUUACUUUAUAUGAUGUACGAUUGUGUGAUGCAUGGUAAAAGAAACAACUAUGUGAUGCAGUCAUGUGGAUUUGUUUUAAUUUUUAAUGGCAGGUGUUUGAUAGUGUCAUCCGUCAUCCGCAGAAAUCACAGAAUAACUGUGCUGACAAAGUGGCAAGUUCAAUCAUUGAUUUAUCAACCUACUCAGGUAAAAACACUACAUAUAUAUUUGUGUCACUUAGUCUUUUAAGAUACACAUACAAUAACUAAUAUCUUCUUUUGCCAGUAGUUGACUAUAGUUUUAUGGGAUGUCCCCGAAGGGAUAGUUGACAGCUGUUAAUAGCAUACGAAUGUUGCUUUUAACUAUAGGAAUGAAAUUUGCAGUAUAAAAGUAAGAAGAAGUAAUUCAUGCAAAACGUGCUCAGGGAGUACACCAGCCAGUUAGUCAUGGAUUUGGCUUGUACUCACUGGGACCAUUAUUGGGGUCAACCUGGUCGCAUAUAGAUUUUGAUUUUGUACAUUUUGCCUUGCACAGCACAAAUUUACCAUUUUGAGAUGGGCAUAAUAGUCAUUUACGUGUAAAGAUAUAUGUGGAGUUAGAUGAAACCAAAUUCAUGACCACAUCCUCCAUUGUCAUAUAUUCCACAACUAGGUGUCCCAGGAGCAUAUUUGUUCAUUUGCUUAUUCUCUCUUCUUUUGUUGCACACCACAAUAUUCCAAAAUAAUAAUAGCUUUUUUAUUAUAAUAGCUGUUUAUUGGCUUUUCAUUCUCUGUCUCUGUGUGGUGGUUGUCCAUGGCGGUGGAUAACCAUUCUCUAUGUAUUCUGGGAGCCAUGGAUCGUCUUUGGUUUCACCAAAUUAUUCUCUUCCCAGAACCAUCUUCACCACUUGUGACCAAAACCGUUCCACAAUCGCAUUCCUUCACUUCAGGAGUCUCCUCAUCAUUCAGUACAAACGAGGGCAUCCCAUCAUCGGUUUCAGCAUCAGCAUCAUCAUUUUCUGAAGAAGAUGGGUCAUUAUUCCCAUCUACAGCAACUCCUCGAUCUUCAAUGGUUGAUUCCAACAAUGAAGAAGAAGAAGAUGAUGAUGAGGAAGAUAAGGAAGUUAAGAAGAAAGAAAGACCAGGAAGGCUGAAUCUUGUCGUGGACAAAACUCGGUCACAUUCUUCAUCACCAUCAACCAAAAAACCUCGAAAAGGUCUUAGGCACUCAAGAAAACUGCUUAAAUCAAUGAGCUGCAAGAGCUUGUUGGAGCUAGAACUUGAAGAAGUAAAAGGUUUUAUGGAUCUUGGUUUCAAAUUCAAUGAACACUUGAGCCCAAGAAUGAUGAGCAUAGUCCCUGGAUUGCAAAGACUCGGAUUACUCAGAGAAAGACAUAGUAGUACUAUUAGUGAACUGAAUGGGAUUGCUGAAUCAGUGGCAAAAGAUGAGAAAUUUGAAGAGGAAGAUGAAGAGGAGCGAAGAGUCAUGAGACCAUAUUUAUCAGAAGCUUGGCUUAUAAAGAGACCCAAUUCACCACUAUUAAAUCUGAAGGUGCCUAGAGUCUAUGCUGCUGCAGACAUGAAGAGACACUUGAUAUUCUGGGCUAGAAUGGUUGCAUCAGAAAUCCAACAAGAAACUGAAAUUGGGAACUAGAAGAUAGAGCACUGUUGCAUUCCAAGUAACACAUAUAUAGUUUUUUCUGUAUGUUUUUAACUUUGACUGUCUUAAUUGUACAGUAGUGAGUGACUCUUUCAAGUGCUGUAUAGAUAAGACUUGGGGAUUUGUAUGCAAGGGGCCCUGCCAAAUGAGAGUAUUUUCACAUUUUGAGAGAAUAAUAAAAAUUUAUGGGUUUUAUAUAU